CCGCCCCGCCCCCCGUCGCCGCCACCCGGGUCAGCGAGCGGACGAGCGGCUGGAGCCGUUCCCCGACGGGCAGCAGGGCGCUCGGCCUCCAAGUCUGGGCUGAGCGUGGCGACGCUGCUGCCCCGAAAUCCUCGUGGAUCUUGAGGCGUAUGGAACCUCAAGGUCUUUAUGACAAUGGAAACCAAAAAAUUAAUUGGUAAACCGCUUCAACCAGCAAGACCUGUUCGUCAUCUGACCUCUCCACCAGGAGCAGUGUUCCCUUUCAACUUUCAAAAUGAAUAUCCAUGCAACACUCAGUGCAUACAAAGUGGAGUUAUUAGCAGAUGUAAGACGAAUGGAAUGCAAGCCUUUUCACAAGGUCUUAAUGAACAGCAGCAACAUCAGUCUCCAGUUAAAAAAGAGAGAAUUAAAUACAGCAGAGAUUUCCUGUUGAAGCUCUCAAGUGUUUCCAUCUGCAGAAAAAAACCAGACUUUCUGCCUGAUCAUCCCAUUGUACUGCAAAAACCAGAAAACAACCAAAGUUUUAAGUAGCAUUUGAAGAACAGAUGAAUAUGAAGAUAAAGAAUUAUUCAUUUUAUAUUUUGGACAUCUGUAAAUGAGGUGGAUCUAGUAACAAUAACUGUAAUGGACUGUGACAAUUUAUUCUUAAUUUUGAUGGUUGGCUAUUUGACGUCUCUAAAAAUGAGAAAGAACUAUUUUAAACUAUAAAGAAUUUUCUAAUCAGUUUCAGCUUUGCAGGCAGUUUCCUGCAUAAAUUGGGAAGUAACACGGGAAAGUAAGAAUUUGGUUAGUGAAGUGGUAAAACUGUGUAUUUAUAAUUUGCAUGCUAUUUGCAAUGUUUUGUUUUUCAUCACUUGUAAUAAUGGAAUGGAAAUGUAAGUUGUAAAGACUCCCAAAUAUAAAAUAUUUGCUACAGUGUAUAUAUGGUACAUAAUUUUUUGCUGCUUUUAAAGUUGUUUUUGUUGUUCUGCUUCCCACUGAUUUCAUACCAGCUCAUGAAUGGAUCAUUACAGUCUCUCCAGAGGAUUAGAAUGAUUCAGAAUGUUCAAUGCAUAGUUCUCAAUGACAGGAAAGAGAAUUUUUUAAUAGGGAUUUCUUUUCAGAUAUAUGAUUGGUUACUAGCACAGAUUGAUAAUUUGGAAACAAUGGUAGUGAAUGAAACUGAAGUUGAAAAACAACUGCUACUUAUGUCACUAAUCAGACCACAUGAAUAGUAGAAGUUGAGCAAUUUCAAAGUAAAACUGAUACUUUUAUUUCCAAAAUAAUUUAGGCAUUUGCAAAUAAUUGAAGUACUUGAACUUUCAAUUCUGUAAUUUCUUAUAACAUAUAUGGAUGAAGAAUUUUUGGGUUUAAGCUUUUAAUUCCUAGAAAUUUUAUACAUUAAUUCUCCUUCAGUUUGUCACUCUGGAUGUUGCUGUUUUUU